AUGGAGAGGUACGCGAAUGACAAAAGAGUGACUCACCCGUUCAGAAAGCACCACUGGUGGCAAGCUGUUCGCAAUGAAGCGAAGUGGAAAGGACAACAUGGUCCUGGUAGUGGAACCGACUCCACUUCCAAGAGAAGCCGUCUAGGACUUUCUGGUGAGUACAGCUCUAGCGACGCGACAGUCGACACGGAGGAAGAGCGUCCAACGGGCCGCGAUAGGGCCAAGGCCGCGGCACGGAAGGGCAGGAAGAAGGGGAAGGAAACCUCAUCAAGCAGUGAGGUAGGAAAAAACGAGACAAGCAAGAAAGAAAAUUGGGCCAUCGCUUCGACCUACUCCAGUAGAAUUGAUCGACUAACUGGGCCACUGCCUGGCUAUCUGCUCGACGAAAUGCACCGGGUGACCGUCCAGCGCUACGGGCCGCGCCGCCGCGCCGGCGACAAGCCUGGCUCCAGGUCCGGCGGGCGAGGCGCCGUCGGGGUCGACCGCCUCAGCGCGCUCCCGGACGAGCUCCUGCACCACAUCAUGUCGUCCCUGAAGGCAUGGGAGGUGGUGCGCACCUGCGUGCUCGCGCGGCGGUGGCGCCACCUCUGGGCGUCCGCGCCCUGCGUCGACAUCCGCCUGCGCUACUCCACCCACCGCGGCGACUCCGAGUCGCCCGAACAGUUCCGCGACUUCGUGCACCGCCUCUUCCUCCUCCGCGACGUGACGGCGCCCGUGGACACGCUCCGCCUGCGGCCGAGCGACGAGGACGCGGGCUUCGACGAGAACGAUGCCAGCAUCUGGAUCAGGGUUGCGAUCACCCGCCGCGCGCGCGUUAUCCAUCUCGCCGGGCAUCACAGGGAGGCCGCGUCGCUGGAGGGCGUGAACUUCGUGUCUCGCCACCUCAAGGUCUUGAAGCUGUCGUACGCCAGGCUCGACCGCAGGAACCUCCAGCAGCUUUCUUCUGGUUGCACAGCCUUGGAAGAACUGGAUCUCAAGGACUGCGUGAUCGCUGGCCCUGAGAUUGCGUCCGCCUCUCUGAAGACUCUGAUCAUGCUCAAAUGCAAGAUCAGCUGCGCCUUCUCCAUUGCUGCUCCGAACCUCCUGCUUCUGCGCCUCGUCACGCCUUAUGUCCGGGUUCCGUCAUUUACCAACUUCGGCUCACUGGUCACAGGCACUAUCAUACUUGAUGACUCUUACCUCAGUGAUGAUUUUGAACACAUCAGCGAUAAAGACGAUUGUGAUGACACUACUGACGAUGAUGGUGACGAUGAAAGUGAUAAUGAUUAUAGGAGCAAGAACUAUAAGAUUCAUGAUGACUCUUCCUUGAGCGAUGAUAAUUUUGGAUACAUCAGUAAUGAGGGUGACUUUGGUCAGUUUGCAUAUGGACAUGGUUUCCCCAAACAAAGAUUUGGGCAUGGCAGUUACAAGGAUAAGUAUGAUUAUGGCAGUGAUAUCGAUAGCGAUGACAAUACCUAUGAAUACAGUGAGAUUGCAAGUGAUGCAAAGUAUGGCUACAAAGGUGAUGCCCAGAAUCCAAGUAAAGGUGGUAACUAUGGUGAAAACAGUCUUGGCAAUGAUAGUAAGAUUCUAGGUGGCCAUCAUAUUCUUGAAAGCCUUUCAAGGGCUACAAGUCUGGAGUUGUUAACUGAUGCUGGAGAGGUGGUUCUGAGUAGGGAAUUGAAAAGGUGUCCAACUUUUGGCAACCUGAAGACCCUGUCCCUUGGUGAAUGGUGUAUGGCUGCUGAUUUUGAUGCACUAAUUUUCUUGCUGCAACAUUCCCCUAAUAUAGAGAGGCUUUUUCUCCAACUUAAAGUGAACUACAGCACCAGGAAGGCACUGGAAACAGGUAUCAAGCCAAUGGGAAGAUCGUUUACUUGCAAAGACCUUCUAAUGGUGAAGAUUAAAUGCUCAAAGGAUGAUGCUAGGGUCCAUACGUUGGCACAUUUGUUCAUGGCAAAUGGUGUACCCCUUGAGAAGAUUUAUGUCCGUCGUACUGGGAAUGCUCAUCUCCGUGGCCAGAAGUUUAUGAGGGAGCUCGCCAGGCAAGAACUCAUUGACUGUGGGAUGGCGGACGACUGGAUGUAACGCUUAUGCGGUUAGCAAGGAUCUAGUAUGGAACCAUGAUCCCCAUGAAGUGUGACAGUGCUUUCAAAGCUUCAGAGGAUCCUGAUGCUUUUUUUGGGUAACAUGUGUGAUGGUACCGUGUGUUGAGUAUCAUCAAAUGGUUGGAAUGUUCUACCUAGAAUCCUAGUGGGAUGAGUUGAGACAGUGAGCUAUCAGCCUAUCAGUACUUGUGGCCUGUAGUAACUUUGCUUUGUUCAUGGAACAUAUAUGAAUACUCCUCGCUUGAAUGUUUUUAGAGUGGUGCAGCUGAGACGCGUUGUGUUUUGGAAUGAUGCUUCGGAAUGGUGUGGCUGAGAUUCAUGUUCCAAUCCUUUUUGCAUGUAACCUGGUUGCUCCAAGCCGAAAUAUUACUUUUAUCGUCAUGUAGUUGCUGUUCUAAUUUUGACUGCAAUGGUUCAGUUGACUGAAGUUGCAUUGCAAUUAGACAAA